GGCUCAAGGCCUUUUUUUGCCAGUUCGAGGGCCUCUCUUCCCCCCCGCCGCUCUCGAACACCAGUCGGUCGCUGCUGGGCUGCGUCCCCGCCGAGCAGGCGCCCCUCCCUGGGCACCGCGGCUUCUCGGCGGCGAUGGACGCCUUCAGCCUGAUGUCCAUGUGCAGCGCCCCCAGCAGGGCCGCCGAGGAGGCCGGCGGCCGCCCCCAGGAGACGCCGCCCCCCGGCGCCCGCGGCCCGUCGCCCCGAGGUGCUGCGACAUGCGCUGCUGCUGCCGCGGCGGCACGUCCCCCGGCGAGUUCAAGCCUCCCGCGCCAGGGGAGCGGUACGACGCCGUGGCGGCGGGCUGGGAGGAGCAGGAGGAGAUUGUGCCCAGAGAGGGGGAGGACGAGGAGCAGCGGCAGCUGCGCGAGAUGCUGGGGGAGGCCUUGGGCAUCGAGGUGCGCCAGUGCCCGUUCUGCAGCGUGGCCUGUGUCAAGGACAAUCCAGACGACUGCGACCACAUCCACUGCGUCUGUGGCCGUGAGUUCUGCUGGCAGUGCCUGGCCGACAGGGAGGUGAUCUUCCACCACGGGAACCACUAUCACAGGCCAGGGUGCCCGUACCGCUUCGACUUCCAGGACCAGGACCGAGCUGAAGCUGCACCCGAAGUGCCCCCAGUGCCAGCGGACGGGCCGGGCCUGCAGGCCCCCCAGGGGCACGGCCCCCGCGCGCCGACGAAGGUCCGCCCUCGGCGGCUCCUGAGCCCUGUGGGGGAGUCAGCAUCGUUCGCGCGAUCAGUGACCCCAAGAGCCUGUUUUUUUUGACGUCUGGGCUCUUAAAGAAACGGGACACGGCACAAAGAAGCACAUGCUUUUGGAGGUCCGCGAGGAUUUUAUUGUGGUGGCGCUGGGCCCAAGCCUUGGCAGCGCUUCCAGCACCGCCCCUUGCUGCGCUUCGUGCGACAGGGCAGGGACGUCCAGCGCCGAUUUAGUAAGGCAUUCGUACGGACGUUCGGCAGGCCCUUGUUAUGUUUUUUUGUUCCACUUCCUAUCGCUUGUUCCUCCCCCUUCUCUCGGAUGCAACUCCUGGGAGCGCGCGCGUCCAGUUCCCAGAAUUGCCCAGCGCCCGGGCGCCCGAAUGGUUCGGCCUGCGCUUCCUGCAGCUCUUGGCCCCCGAGGCGGCCUCGCGGGCGCUCCGCGGGGGCUGUUUGCAGGCUCGCCGAGAAAGAAGACUGAACCGUGCGCAGACGGCCAGCGCCGGUGCUCG